AAGAACGGGAAGUAGAUGCAGCGUCUCUUUAAAGAAGCACUACUGAAGAAACUCAGACAGUUAGGAGCGUGACAACGGGAGGACAGAGACGGAGAAUCACCAUGAACGAGCUCAAAUGGAUUCAAACUUCUUUACUUCUCACAGCGCUGCUUCAGUUUGCUGCAGCAGCAUUUCGAGUUAAAAGAGUCACAUUCAGAGUUGGAGAGGACGCCAAGUUGUCUUGUGAAACUGCGAUACAAGAUCAACAGAAGUGUGAAUAUACGACAUGGCUCUUUGUUGAUUCAGGAAACACAGCAGUAGAGCUGGUUACACUUGGUCAGGUUAAAAACUCUGGAGUUAAAUCAGACAGACUGAGAGUUACAGAGGACUGUUCUCUGGUUAUAAAGAAGAUCACAGAGGAGGAUGCUGGACGUUAUGACUGUCAACAGUUCAUAUCAGGAAGAAGAACAGGCGAUGAGACUCGAGUUCUUCUAUCUGUUAUCAAGAGUGAGGACACAAAACCACCACCAACAAGACCACCACCAACAACAAGACCACCACCACCAACAACAACAAGACCACCACCACCAACAACAACAACAAGACCACCACCAACAACAACAACAAGACCACCACCAACAACAACAACAACAACAAGACCACCACCACCACCACCAACAACAACAACAACAACAACAACAACAACAACAACAACAACAAAACCACCAACAACAACUCCUGCUCCUGCACUAGACUGGCGAUGGUGGUUGAUCCUCGUGCCCGUGGUGGUUUUUAUAGUUCUGUUAGUGGUCGUUGUGAAAGUCAUCAGACGGAAAGGAAACAGAACGCAGAUGAGUGACGAUGUUGCUGAUCAUGAAGGCGGGGUUUCCUACGCCUCCAUCAGAUACAACAAGAAGGGGAAAAGAGGAGCUCGGGUUUGUGCUAAAGACGAUGCUGACGAUGGUUCAGUGACCUAUGCCUCCGUCAAAGCUUCUUCUUCCUCUUCUUCUGCUGCUGCAGGAGCCUCUGCUGAUCCCAGCAGCCUCUACGCCACCAUCAACAAAGAGAAGAAAUAAGAAUCUAAAGUAAAGUCACAACUCAAGUUUUUUCAGCUUUUAAGACUGAAAACUAUGGAGCCCCACAAGGCUCAGGUAGGACAAAAUAAAAAGCAAUUUGUAAAUCCUUUUUUCACGGUUUACAAAUCUGUGUGCACAGUUUAUAAACAGUGCCCAUGGAUUUGUAAACCGUGUGCACAGAUUUGUCGAAAUGAUCGACAGCUUUUUAUUUUUUGUCUCAUCUGAGCCUUGCAGGGCUCAGUAGAAAACAGAUACAGAUAGAUGUGUUUGUAUGAGACUUUGUGUUGUUAACUUUCAGAGUUAUUGCUGUAAGAUGCUUUUCCUUCAAAAGAGGGCGUUGUAGGUUUACUAGUAGCACGAAGACCUAGCAUAAUACCUCUGCAUGAAAUGUAAAUCUACGGAGAUCCUGAAAUCCCUAAAAGUUUUUAGAAAAGAAUCUUAAAGAUAUUAACUUUUGGGCCCAAGAUAAUUAUAUCGAGAACUGAUAUUCAUGCUUUGAUUACCUGCUCGAGUCUGUUAACGUUAAAGGCUUUAUAUGCGAUUUUUCACACUUAAAUAUAAUAGAAAUCAAGUAUAUCCUCUGAAAAUAACUCUGUGCGUCAUGACUGUCUACAAUGGGUGUAACACCCGAGUCCCACUGUCUGUGAUGUUUUCAGAGUUUUCAGAGUCCUAUCUUCAAUUUGCUUACAUCGCCGGGACGGCCGGCUGACUCCUCCCCUCGUGUAUAAAAGUUGUUUAAUUGAGGGACUAGAGAAAAGAAGAAUAACAUACUGUACUCACUGUUUAACUGUGUUUCUAGAUCACGUUCAUUUCAGGUAAAUUUACAUGCAGUGUGAAGAUACGAGCAUAAUAAAGAUCGCUAGCAUUAGCAUGCUAACACAACAAUGCAGCGCGAGUUGUUUUGGUUUCAUGCUGGUGCUCAAGGGCGACAUCUGCUGGAUCAAAAAAUUGCAUAUAAAGCCUUUAACUGUUUCUUCUCUUAAUCUUUGCACACAGGAUAUUCACUCAUGUGCACAACAUAGCAUCUUUAGAGUUAGAUGAUAACUCGAGUGCACAAGAUAUUUUUUCCACUAUUUAGGACUUCAGGAGCUCCGUAUAAACCAGCUUUUAAAAUAAGUUUAUAUACGCAGCAGGCACUUUGAUGUGCAUGUGUUAAGUUGUAGUUAAAGAUUUUUAAACUUUAUUUAUUAUUUCUGUACCUGUUGUCUUUUGACCUGCAUUCAUUUAAACAUCGAUAUCAUCACUGCUCAGAUCAUUCUGUAUGUACUGAGUCACAUCCGAGAGUCUGUAGAAACCCAUAAAAGGCUAAAUCAACUUCAUGACAGAUAAAGGAAGGAGGAACCAGAAAGCAGAUGUGGUCUGCCCACAUUCAAGCAACAAGUGUUAUUUGUGUUUAAAAAAAGAAACGAUUGCUAAACACUGUGAGAGAUUUACACUUUACUAAUUAGAGGAAGUUGAGGAAUAGUUCUCUUGAUGCAGCUCCAGGUUAGACGCUUAAAAGAAGAGAGAGACAUGAGGGUUCAGUUGUUGAAUUGUAUUCUUUUGAACGUCAUAAAAAAGCUCUUCAACUCGAUUUAGGGUGGAAUAUUUUUACAAGAACUUAAUUUCAUUUUUCCAUUCUUAUACCUUAAACACAGUUAGUCUGAGUUUUGUAAUAAUACUUGUGUGCAGCUCAAUGUGUUCAAUUUAAGAAGUGAAAUAUACAUGUUUGUUAACGUUUAAAUCCUGGAAAAUAUGGAGGCAGCUAUACGUUUCUGUUGUUGAUCUGAUGGUCUGUUUCUUUGAAAAAUAUUUUUUAUUUACAUUCACGUCGAUGAUGAGCGACAGUUACCUGCCCAGUGAGACUAAAGGAACAAUGUGAGACAUUUUACACAUGAAUAUAUCAGAAAUCAAGUCUA